AGUCGUAGCGCAGUGAAAACCGGCGAGUAAUGAUGCAUUGACAAAAUAAUUUUCGUUGAUAUAGCGACCUAUGUUAAUUAGAAGUGAUAUUAUAUUGAAUUACUAAAAAUGGCCGAAAAGUUUGAUAACCUCGAAGAGCAUCUCGAGAAAUUUGUCGAGAAUAUUCGACAGCUGGGAAUCAUCGUGAGCGAUUUCCAGCCCAGCAGCCAAACAGGACUCAACCAAAAACUCAACUUCAUGAUCUCUGGACUGCAAGACAUAGAAAAGUGUCGUCAACAGCUCCAUGAAAUCAAUGUCCCACUCGAAGCUUUUGAAUACAUUGACCAAGGUAGGAACCCUCAGCUGUACACCAAGGAGUGUCUGGAGAGAGCCUUGGCGAAGAACGAGCAGGUCAAAGGGAAGAUUGACACCAUGACGAAAUUCAAGAGCCUGCUAAUCUCAGAACUUAGUAAAGUCUUCCCAGAGGAGAUGGCCAAGUAUAAGGCCAUACACGGGGACGAUCCUCCAUCCUAAUGCCUGCUGCACUACGACCUCCGACCUACAACCUCACCCUGAGGAGAGGGGUUCACCGAGCAGGAUCUAUUAUAACUUCAAACAAUAUAUGCUAACAAACUCUUUAUUUAUCACACAUUUUGUAUUGCUCUGUGGUCGCUGCCGACCGUUGUCCCGAGGAAGAGGCGUUUGUUGGAAUCCAGCAGCUUGACUCUGCUAAAAUCGAAAUCUUGUUACUUUAAAAGAGUCUUUUUUUGUUUUUGACUUCCUGCUCGAACAUGUUUUGAUACCAGCUCACCCCCACCCGCCGCCGGCUCACAUGUUAAUUCUAAGUUACUUGUAGUCGAUACAGUCUGGGUGUAUUCGGCAUGGGCUCAUGCACUCAUUUGGCUUUUCAGUAUCACAGCUGUUGUGUAAGGCAAUCUGUUGUGUCACACAUCAGCGUUCACAACGGGGGGGGGGGAGAGGGUGCUGCUUGGGGUUUAUCGAGCUUCCGAAGUCACACAUGACCGUGUUGAUGUCCUUACCGGUAAUAUGAUUUUGCAACAGAAUGUCAAUUCAACUUCCGACCCCCCCCCUCCCCCCUCGGUUGUAAAUAUUUUUGUACUCUUUCCUGUACUUUUUUCUUUUUAAUGCCGUCUCAGCAUUGUGCGACAUAACAGAUUUGUACAGCAAUUCAUAAAAAUUUGUAUCAAGCUCAGGUUCCCGAUGGCCAUGAAAACCGAAUGCAAAUAUCAUCUGUGUGGUAACUUUGUGCCAGACCACUUGGACGUGGUCAGAAAUUAAUUUCUGUUUGAUACUUGUUUGUAUUAUGAUUUUGGUUAAUAAAUGAUGCUCUUGUUGGA